AUGUUCCUACUCCCUCUCCGAGACUCGAGGUUUUAACAACCUGAAACCUUAGCCCUAGCCGUCCGCCUUCCUCCAUGGCUCGUACGAAGCAAACGGCCCGCAAAUCCACCGGCGGCAAGGCUCCGAGGAAGCAGCUGGCCACCCAGGCGGCGAGAAAGUCGGCUCCGACUACCGGGGGAGUGAAGAAGCCCCACAGGUACCGGCCGGGGACGGUGGCGCUUCGGGAGAUCCGUAAGUACCAGAAGAGCACGGAUCUCCUGAUAAGGAAGCUGCCGUUCCAGCGGCUGGUGCGGGAGAUCGCGCAGGACUUCAAGACGGAUCUCAGGUUUCAGAGCCAUGCCGUUUUGGCUCUCCAGGAGGCGGCGGAGGCCUAUUUGGUCGGGCUGUUCGAGGACACCAACCUCUGCGCCAUCCAUGCCAAGCGCGUCACCAUAAUGCCCAAGGACAUCCAGCUCGCACGCCGCAUCCGUGGCGAGCGCGCUUAGAGACUCCUCUUUUCCCUUUCUCGUUUUCUUCCCGUACCCGUUCUUUCCUUGUUCUCCGUUCGUGUCUCUCUAUCUAUUCUUUCUUUUGCCAUUUAAAAAAAUAGUUUCGAUGUAUAUGUUUAUCUUAGAGAUAAAACAUUGGAAAUAGAGACUAUGGCGAUGCUUCUUUUCUUGUUCGAA